UCAUAUUAUAAAAACGAAACAAAAAGGAAAACUGUUGCACGCGACCCGAGCUUUUCGCCUGUGCCUUAAACUUCUUUAUUACUGUUGUUAUUCCCAUUCAAACUUCAGAUACACAGAGAUUGGGUUGCAGUUGCUAAACCUCUUUGGCUUAAUUUAAACAAAGAGUGUUUGGUUUCAGUUUCUGUUCCACUCUCUUGCUCUGCAUAUAACGGGGAAAAAAGUAGAACGAAAAGCAGAUGGAUAGGUACCAGAGGGUGGAGAAGCCCAAAGCAGAGACUCCCAUCAACGAAAAUGAAAUUAGGAUAACAACUCAGGGCAGAAUGAGGAACUAUAUUACCUAUGCCACCACUCUCCUCCAAGAGAAAGGGUCCAGUGAGAUUGUUCUUAAAGCAAUGGGCAGAGCCAUUAAUAAGACUGUGAUGAUUGCAGAGCUGAUCAAGAGGAGAAUAGCUGAUCUUCAUCAGAAUACCUCAAUUGGAUCAACUGAUAUAACAGACAUGUGGGAACCACUAGAGGAAGGCCUCCUUCCUCUGGAGACUACUCGUCAUGUUUCAAUGAUCACCAUUACAUUAUCGAAGAAGGAACUGGAUACAUCCUCCACGGGAUAUCAACCUCCUCUUCCGGCUGAUCAAGUGAAACCCGUAAAUGAAUUUGAAGACGAUGUAGAGGCUUCACCAAGGACACGAGGAAGGGGACGAAGUAGUCGAGGAAGGGUUAGGGGUAGAGGAAAUCAUGGAGUUGGGGAAUAUAAUGGUGAUGGUUGGGAUGGUGGGCGGGGUUUUGGCGGCAGAGGUCGAGGACGUGGAAGAGGUCGUUCUUUCCUAGGUCGAGGACGAGGCUAUGGUGUUGGAGGAUACUAUGGCUAUGGUGAGUCUGAUGCACCUCAUGUCCAAGGCCGUGGGCGUGGUCGGGGCAGGGGAAGGAGCCGUGGGCGUGGUCGUUACUUUAGGUCAGAUGGACCAGUCCAAGCAAACGCUGCUUGAGAAGCAGACAUCUUGUAGUUGGUGUGGCACUGAACAUGAUAUGUGGAUGCCUGCUCUACUUGUGUCUUCAUGAAGUUGACAAUAUUUAAGAGAGGAGUCGUUCAUUUCAAGUAGUGGGAGUGUAGCAGCCAUGGUGCUUGCAGUUUUGUCAUUUUCUAAUUGUGGUGUAGGAAUGUUUUUUUCAGUGAUUCUCUGACAAGUCUUUGUACAAUUUUCACAACCUUUUUUUUUUAUUCUUAAUUUCAAUACAUCUGCAUGCUAA